GGAAAGGCACCAAAAGGCAAAACCCCAAAAUGUAAUGUAAGAAAAGGAAAAGAAGGCCAUGCACUUGUAGUCGAACGCUUGAACUCUCUAGCCAUUUCUGUUGGGAGACGACAAGCACUCUUUCUUUUUUCUAUGUUCUUAAUUCUUUAAUUCCUUAAGUCACUUGCAAGCCCAGAGGUGGUCUCACAUAAAAUACAGUGUAUACGUUUCUCUGUGUUUCCUGCCCCCCCAAUCUCGGCAGCAUUUUUAAGACGACCAAACCAAAUCAAACUUAAUAAAAUAAGAACAGAAAAUGCGAUUAUACAUAUCUUAAUCAAGGAUGAGUUCUGGUGGUUCUGAUUUGGUUAGGUUCGUUGAAUCAGUGCUGGGGGUGUCUUUUGGUGACUCGGUGUCUGACUCUGUGGUUGUGAUAAUUACAACGUCUUUUGCGGUUGUAUUUGGAUUGGUGGUGUUUAUAUCGAAGAGAUCAUCAGAUCGGAGCAAAGUCGUGAAGCCGUUGGUGGUUCCUAAGUCACUGUCAGUUAAGGAUGAAGAAGACGAGCCCGAGGCUCUGGCUGGGAAAACUAAGGUUACUAUUUUUUACGGGACUCAGACCGGGACAGCAGGGGGUUUUGCUAAGGCUUUAGCUGAAGAGGUCAAAGCAAGAUAUGAGAAAGCAGCUGUUAAAGUUGUUGACCUGGAUGAUUAUGAUGUGGAGGAUGAUCAAUAUGAAGAAAAAUUGAAGAAAGAGACUUUGGCAUUGUUCAUGGUUGCCACUUAUGGAGAUGGAGAGCCAACUGAUAAUUCUGCUAGAUUUUAUAAGUGGUUUACUGAGGGAAAUGUAAGGGGAAUCUGGCGUCAACAGCUUUCCUAUGGCAUUUUUGGCCUUGGUAACCGUCAAUAUGAACAUUUUAAUAAGAUAGCAAAGGAGCUUGACGACCUGCUCUGCGAACAAGGAGGAAAGCGUCUUGUUCUUGUUGGUCUUGGUGAUGAUGAUCAAUGCAUAGAAGAUGAUUUUUCUGCUUGGAAAGAAUUAUUGUGGCCUGAGUUAGACCAGUUGCUCAGAGAUGAAGAUGAUGUGAACUCUCCAUCUACUCCUUACGCAGCUGCUAUACCUGAAUAUCGAUCAGUGAUUCAUGAUCCUUCAAUUGCAUCUGUCAAGGAUAAAUUCUCAAACUUGGCAAAAGGGAAUGUUUCUUUUGAUAUUCACCAACCAUGCCAAGUCAAUGUUGCUGUCCAAAAAGAGCUUCACAAAGCUGAGUCUGAUCGGUCUUGCUUACAUCUGGAGUUUGACAUAACAGGGACUGGCAUUAUAUAUGAAACUGGAGACCAUGUGGGGGUGUAUGCUGAGAACAGUAAUGAGAUUGUUGAAGAAGCAGGGAAGUUGUUGGGUCAACCUUUAGAUUUGUUGUUUUCUAUUCAUGCUGAUAAUGAGGAUGGAACAGCUAUUGGAAGCUCAUUGCCUCCUCCUUUCCUAGGUCCAUGCACCCUUCACCCUGCAUUGGCAUGCCAUGUAGAUCUCUUGAGCCCUCCUAAAAAGGCUGCUUUGCUUGCUUUGGCUGCUCAUGCCAGGGAACCUAGUGAGGCAGAGAGACUCAGGUUUUUAUCAUCACAGAAAGGAAAGGGUGAGUACUCGCAAUGGGUUAUGGCUAGUCAGAGAAGUCUUCUUGAGGUGAUGGCCGAGUACCCAUCUGCCAAACCUUCCCUUGGUAUCUUUUUUGCUGCAGUGGCUCCUCGCCUACAGCCUCGUUACUAUUCUAUCUCAUCCUCUCCUAGAUAUGCUCCCAAUAGAGUGCAUGUGACAAGUGCUUUAGUAUAUGGUCCAAGUCCCACUGGUAGAAUUCACAAAGGGGUGUGUUCAACUUGGAUGAAGAAUGCAGUUCCUCUAGAGAAAAGGCAUGACUGUAGUUGGGCUCCCAUUUUCAUCAGAACAUCAAAUUUCAAGUUACCAGCCAAUCCUUCAACUCCAAUUAUUAUGGUGGGACCUGGUACUGGACUGGCACCUUUCAGAGGAUUUCUACAGGAAAGAAUGGCCCUGAAAGAGGAUGGUACACAGCUUGGUCCAGCCCUGCUUUUCUUUGGAUGCAGAAAUCACCAAAUGGAUUUCAUAUAUGAGGAUGAGCUCAAUAAUUUUGCUGCGCAAGGUGUGAUAUCCGAGUUAUUAGUUGCAUUCUCAAGGGAGGGGCCACAGAAGUAAUAUGUUCAACAUAAGAUGGUAGAUAAAGCAGCAGAGAUAUGGAGUAUAAUUUCUCAAGGGAGUUAUCUUUAUGUGUGUGAUGAUGCCAAGGGUAUGGCAAGAGAUGUUCAUUGGACUUUGCGCGCUAUUGUUCAAGAGCAGGGAGGCUUGGACUCAUCAAAAACCGAGUCUAUGGUGAAGAAACUCCAAAUAGAAGGCCGGUAUCUAAGAGAUGUCUGGUGAUAACAACAUUUUCACAUUGAAUCUGCCUUUGAUUGCUCGUAACCUCACCAAGUACAGCAUUGAAUUUAUUCAUCUACUAUUCCAGCUUCUUCUGGACUCUGGAGUCCCAGCAGGGUUGGAUAAGGAUGGGGGAGAAUCUGGAAGUUGAUUACCCUAGAAAUUUAGACCCUGUUAUUCUCUGGCCGUCCCUUUAUCACAUUUCAUUUUCUACUAUUUUGGUUUGAAUAGGAUCCUGUUAGUCUCUACUGUCUCCUAGAUGAGAGAUCCCCGGGCAGGGAGCAUGUAGUUAGCUGUAAGAUGUCAAAAGGGGCAUAAAGAAUGUUAGCGAUGGUCGGUGCAUGAACCAUUGUGGUAAAGUAAAAAGGUUACAAGGUGGAAAUAAAGCUGAACUUGCGAUUCUGAAACUGAAA